UGAUUCCAUUCCAGGCUAACAUGCCCCAUCCCACAGACACACCACAGUCAAUAUUUAAAUGUUAGGCAGCACCACACGCACACACCACGAGAACUGUGGGGAAAUCCAGCGAAAGUGAGCGGCCGGUAUGGGAGAAACCGGAGUGGGACGCCAAGAACCUCGGGUUAGAAGAGAAGCAGAAGAAAAUAAGAGCAAAUGGCUGUACGACAACACAUUGUGCCGGGCAUGAUUGAGAUCUAUCAUCUCCAGCUGAAUGAGAUUGCGCAAGGGAUCCUGGCUGAAUCAUGCCCGAGAGAGUUUACAGCACGCAGGAAGAGAUAUGGGAUCUUUUCUGCCUCUGAUCUGAAGGCGAAUUUGACUCCCGAUGCCAAGCCAUGUGGUGAGGGAGCCAAGAGACAAUCCCUUCCGAUUAUAUUACGUAUUAAGAUGGCUGUUCUGCACACUUUUGCCUCGCAGGAUUCUCUAGAUUCUCACUCAAUUCUACCGCUGUCCAUUGGUACUCGAACCAUGAAGAAGCCUUAGACCGUUAUCAUUAUGAACUGCCCCUCCCGAACCGACGACUCUCUUCUACACUGCGAAUGGAAUCAGAAUCCCCUUCUCUGGCGCCGGAUUUGACCACUCGCCAAGACUUCAACGGCAUCACCAAUGCCCGCGUGCACAGAUCAGGCUCUGGACUGGGUGCCGCUUCGUUGACCAGCUGGGACGACACCCAAACUAUGCCUGAACGACGGAACACUCCAAUUGGGAAAGAGUCAAGGUCUCUUGGGGUGUCACUGACACCGUCAGGUAUGUUCGAAUGAACUCACUAGAUCCUCCAUCUUUGUUGACAUCUAAAAGGACGCCCCCACUACUUUCAAAGCGACAAUAUUGCUAGUCAAAUCCAUCGUAUCUGCCAUCUUGAUCGAUCGUCACUUGAAAAGAUCAAGAGCUGGGCCUGGUGGCUGCUAUCGGU